CAUUUCCAUCAUUUAUUCACUCAUUACUCAAACAAAAAGUUUUCUAAAGCAAAGUUGCAUAAGACAACUUUCAAUGCUAUACGAUCAUCGUGUUUAAGAAAUUUUUACUGAAUCUUAGCCAAAAAUCAUCCUUUGAAAAGACAACUUUUAAAAUUGUACUUAAAUUUUCUAUGAAGAAAAGCUUUUGAAGAAGACGAUUUUUUUCAAUCCCUCAAAAAACCCAAAAUUGUUUUUAAAAUUCCGUCGAUUAAUUUACUUUCGAAAAUUUUCGGGUGGGCAGCUACUCUUCAGGGGCUUUAUCACAUUAGUCCCGAAGUUUUGGUGAAUUGUUUCUUGUUUGAAGCGAAAUAUUGUGACGGAGACCCACCUUGGAAACGUUAACCAUAUUGAAAUCCAUAUUGUGAUUAUCAGCCAUAUUUUGGAUUUUUCUUUGAAUUAUUCAAUUGGAUUUUUUGGACAUUUACGACUGAUCAUUCUUUGGAAAAAAACAAACGAAAAUGAAAAUUACAGUACUGGAAAAACUUUUUGAUCAAAAUCCUUCAGUCGAUGAUAUUAUCGGCGAAACGAUCAUGAAACGCAAAAAUGAAGAUGCGUUCUAUGUUUGUGAUGUAAAUGAUAUACUACGCAAGCAUAAAAAUUGGCUUAUGAAAUUGCCACGAGUUCGUCCAUUCUAUGCUGUCAAAUGUAAUGCAGCUCCCAUUGUUCUCGAGGUAUUGUCCUCGGUUGGUGCUGGAUUCGAUUGUGCAUCAAAGAAUGAAAUCGAUACUAUUCUGGAUCUUGGCGUUCAUCCUGAUGAUAUAAUCUAUGCUAAUCCAUGCAAAACCAAAUCAUUCAUAAGCCAUGCAUCAUCAAUGGGUGUCGAUUGUAUGACUUUCGACAAUGAACUCGAACUUUACAAAGUGCGUCAGCUUCAUCAUAACGCCAAAAUGGUUUUGCGAAUUAAAGUCGAUGAUAGCCAUUCAGUUUGUCGUUUUAGCGCCAAAUUCGGUGCUGAUUUGGAACAAGUUCCACAUCUUUUGCAAUUGGCUAAAAAAUUAGGAAUCGAAAUUGUUGGCUGUAGUUUUCAUGUGGGAAGCGGAUGUGAAGAUGCAAACUCAUAUCAGCAAGCCAUUUCAAAUGCUAAAUAUGUUUUCGACAUUGGUGAAAAAUUGGGAUUCAACAUGACAUUGUUGGACAUUGGUGGUGGAUUUCCCGGCACAUCAAAUGCAGUUAUUCCAUUCGACGACAUUGUUAAAGUCAUUAACGAAUCAUUGGACAUUUACUUUCCUGAAUUCGAUAGCAAUGGAAUGAAAUCUAAAGUAAAAAUCAUUGCUGAACCUGGACGAUAUUAUGUUGCAUCAGCGUUCACACUUGUUACUAAUAUCAUUGCUAAACGUUCAGUGCGUAAUAACGAAGGCAAUCUGAACAACAUGUACUACAUCAAUGAUGGUGUAUAUGGAUCAUUCAAUUGUAUCAUUUUCGACCAUGUUCAAGUUUAUCCCAAUCCAUUCCCAACCAAUAAUGAAACAUUGGAAGGUCGUGAAUAUUGUUUAUCAACAAUCUGGGGUCCAACAUGUGACAGUAUGGAUUGUAUCAAUCGUGAUAUAAUUUUGCCGGUAAUGCAUGUCGGUGAAUGGCUCGUGUUUCGUGAAAUGGGCGCUUAUACAUUGGCUGCCGGUACAAAUUUUAAUGGCUUUAAAAUGCCAUCAUUGAAAUACUAUGUAACUGGCUACACCUUAAGCAUGUUGAAAACAUUACGAAAUUGGUCCAAAAUUUAUCGAAUUAUCGAAGAAUCGGACGAAUUCAUUGAAGAAGAUGAUUCGUUGUUUGAAACAUUCUAUUUUGAUAAAAUCAAUCAGACAGAUAACCUUAUUCAGGUUCAUUGAUUAGCAUUAUUGGCUGUUACCCUAUAUCAUAGACAAAUUGUCCACAAUCAAUAUCUAAUUACAGCCAUUUUUAUUUUAAAUUUUACGCUUUACCUUAAAUAUUGUAUUGAUUCUUUUAAAAUUAUUUCUGAUUUUGAUUCGUAUAA